GUCAAGGGAUCGCGCUACGUACCAUUGCAUUCCUCGUUUCUACAGUGCGUGCAAGACAUUCUGCAUGUGGUUUUGGUUCUAUAUGAACGUAUUUUCAACGCAAGAAUAUUAUACUGUUUUUCAUUCAACACUGGCCGAUCCUGUUAGCAAAACAAUCUGUGUGUCUGUUCGCCGAAACGUGAGAAGAAAAGAAAAAAGCUGAACGGAGCAGCUGACAAGAGCGAGUCAAGAUGCAGGAAUCUCAGUCGAAAAAGGGGAAAAAGGGGAGAAGAAAGCGCAAUGAUAGCGACGAGGAUAUUGAACAGGUAUUGGCAGAGUUGGCACUGGAAUAUUCAGGAGAGAAACCAGUUAAAGACAAUAAAAUUGAAGACAAACCUGAAUCAAAUGAGCAUAAGAUUGAAGAUGAUGAUAAGAAGAAAAAAGGGAAAAAGGAUAAGAAAAAGGCUGAAAAGAUUAAUAUAAAAGAUGAAAUUAUAGAUGCUACUACAGUAAUAGCAGAACCGAUUGAUGUUGAUGAUGUGGAUGAUGAAGUUACUACUGUAAAAACUGCAGCACAAAAGAAAAAGGAGAAGAAAGAAAGGGAGAAACAGAAGAAAUUAGCACAGAAGAAAGCUGAAGCUGAGAAAGCAGGUAAAGGUAAGAAAGAGGAUGAUGAAGCAAUUAAACCUUCCAAUGAGAAACAGGAAAAGGUAACUGAAAAGAAACAGAAUAAUGCGGAAGCUGACGGCGAUGUUGCCGAACCUGAAGAUGGCGCCAAGAAAAAAAAGAAAAAAGGUGCUAAAGAAGAAAAGGAAACUACUAAAGAAAAAGGUAAGGGACCUGGAAAGAAGACCAUUGCUGCUAUGCAGGAAGCCUUAAGAAAAUUGAAGGAAGAGGAAGAAAGAUUAAAGCGCGAAGAAGAGGAAAGACUGAAACAAGAAAUGUUACGGGAAGAAGCGAGAUUAGAACAAUUACGACUUGAACAAGAGCGCAAGGAAAAGAAAAAACUGAAAGAAAAACAACGAAAAGAACGAUUGAAGGCAGAAGGAAAGUUCUUAACUACAAAACAAAAACAAGAUAGAGCAAGAGCGCAAGCGAUGAUUGAAGCACUUAAAGCUCAGGGUCUAGACUUACCAGACGUAGGAGAGAAAAAACCUAGGCCAGGCACAAGAAUUAAGCCGAACAAGUUAAAGCAGCAAGUUAGUGUAGAGAAAAAGGAAGAGGAAAAGGUUGAAGAUGCGACACCCGCGGCUCAAGUGGAAGUAGAAAUUGUAGAUGAACCAGUGAAAGAAGUAAAAGAAAAGAACGAGGACGAUGACGUGAAAGAUACGUGGGAUGCCGAAACUACUGAAGAUGAGCAGGAAGAAGAAGGUAAAUUGAAUGAUGUUUUGAAAACGCCUGAAAAGGUGAAAGAACCUGUUAUAAAAUUAACGACCGAAGAGAAAAAGGAAUCAUCUGAAAGCGAAUCAGAGAGCGAAAGCGGGAGCGAAUUUGAAUCCGAGGACGAAAGUGACGAAGACAGCGAAGUAGAAGAUAAAGUGCCAGAUGCCGCGCGUAAAAAAGAACGUGCGAGAGAACGAAUUCAGAAUCGCCGUGUAGAAGCUGAGAAAAAUAAAUCUUUGGAUAAUUUGAGAGCUGCUGUAGUUUGCGUCUUGGGACAUGUAGAUACUGGUAAGACUAAGAUCUUGGACAAACUGCGGAGAACGAAUGUGCAAGACGGCGAAGCUGGUGGAAUAACUCAACAAAUCGGUGCUACUAACGUACCAAUCGAAGCCAUCCAAGAUUCAACAAAGCAUGUGAAAGGCUUUGCUGACAAGAAAUUUAAAAUACCUGGUCUCUUGAUCAUAGAUACGCCUGGUCACGAGUCAUUUAGUAAUCUUAGGAGCAGAGGAUCUUCACUUUGUGAUAUAGCAAUUUUAGUUGUAGAUAUUAUGCAUGGAUUGGAGCCGCAAACCUUAGAAAGUAUCAAUUUAUUAAAAGCGAAAAAAUGUCCAUUUGUUGUUGCUCUUAAUAAAAUUGACAGGUUGUACGAUUGGCAGACUAUGAAUCGUAAAGAUGUUCAAGAUAUUGUAAAGAAUCAAGCACCUAAUACUCAACGAGAAUUUGAAAAGCGAUCGAAGGAUGUGAUCGUACAGUUUGCUGAACAAGGCUUGAAUGCAGCAGUGUAUUACGAGAAUCCAGAUCCUAGAAAUUAUGUUUCUUUAGUUCCCACCAGUGCUAUAACAGGCGAAGGUAUGGGCAAUUUAUUGGCGCUGAUAGUCGACGCUUGUCAGGGUCCUCUGGCUAAACGAUUGAUGUACAGCGAAGAACUUCAAGCUACCGUAUUAGAAGUCAAAGCACUACCCGGUCUCGGCACCACAAUAGAUUGUAUUCUAGUCAAUGGUAUAUUGAGAGAAGGUGACACGGUUAUCAUUGCUGGAACGGACGGGCCUAUUGUAACGCAAAUCCGGUCGCUUCUUAUGCCGCAACCGUUAAAGGAAUUAAGAGUUAAGAAUGCAUACAUUGAACAUCGCGAAGUCAAGGCUGCUCAAGGAGUGAAAAUUGCCGCUAAGGAUCUAGAAAAAGCCAUUGCUGGAUUGAAUCUGAGAGUGGCGCAAAAACCAGAUGAAGUGGACGUCUUGAAGGAAGAAAUAGCCAAGGAAUUGUCGAGCGCUCUUGGAAAUAUAAAACUGGCCGAACGAGGAGUUUACGUUCAAGCGUCAACUUUGGGAGCUCUGGAAGCGUUGCUAGAUUUCCUGAAAAGCAGCAAGAUACCUUACUCGGGAAUUCGCAUCGGACCGGUCGUCAAGAAAGACGUCAUGAAGGCCUCUAUAAUGCUGGAGCACGACAGCCAAUACGCCACGAUUCUCGCGUUCGACGUGAAGAUCGAAAGGGACGCGCAGGAACUGGCGGACUCACUGGGCGUCAAGAUCUUUCAGGCGGACAUUAUUUACCAUCUGUUCGAUAAAUUUACCAAUUAUCGGGAGGAGCUGAAGCAGCGCAAGCGGGACGAGAACAAGCACAUCGCCGUGUUCCCGUGCAAACUGAGGAUUCUACCGCAGUACGUAUUCAACUCGAGAGAUCCGAUCGUGAUCGGCGUGAUGGUCGAGGCUGGAAUCGUCAAGGAAGGAACGCCGCUUUGCGUCCCGAGCAAAGACUUUGUUGACUUGGGCAUGGUAACUAGCAUAGAAUACAAUCACAAGCCUGUGGAGUCGGCCAGGAAAGGUCAAGAGGUCUGCAUCAAAAUCGAACCUGUGCCGGGAGAAGCACCCAAGAUGUUCGGUCGACAUUUUGAAGCGAAGGACUUUCUCAUCAGCAAGAUCAGCAGACAGAGCAUAGACGCGUGCAAGGAUUACUUCAGGGACGACUUGGUGAAGACCGACUGGCAGCUUAUGGUGGAAUUGAAGAAACUCUUCCAGAUACUCUAGGAUAAGUUUAUUAUCGCGGCAGCGACAUUGUCCAAGGGCCUCUUAUUGUUUUUCUGAUGGUUGUUCAGCGCGCGAGCGGAUUACACACACGCCGUUUAAAUACGCAUCGACGCCAACAUACUCAUAUCGAAUCGCGAAUUGAUGUCUUUUGAGACCUUUCCUGUAUUCACGGUAAAACAAAAACAAAAACAAAUCUCUUGUGUUCACUAAACUGAACGUGCUGCGGAAAAAAAAAAAAGUAUCAGUAGACAAUCCCGGACUUGCUCACGUCCUUGAAAGAACGCGCGCGCGCGCGAUUGACGGAGGAAACGCGAAUCGUUCGGUUUCGCUACAGCGAAUCUCUGAGAUUUUAGCCCCAAGCACCGGUUCUUCCAAAUCUCGUUUGCGAAGUAUAGAAAAAUAACGCGAGUGAAAAUCGCAUCUAAGAAGAGCUUCUUGGAAGUGCGCGAUCGCGAAAAGAAGAGUCACCGCGGAUAGAACGCCGUGGCUCUCGUUGUAGAUACGCAGAACAGAAAGAAGAUAUACGAAAAAGAAGAAGAAGAAGGAGAAAAAGAAGACUAGACGAAAGAGAAAAAGAGAAGAGAGACAAAGAAGAAGCACUGAAGGAAAAAUAAAAAAAAUUGUGUGUUUUGUAUAUGUAAUCACUUUAUAUAAGAUGAGCAAAUUAUAUUGCGAUGGGAAAAUAAAAUCUAUCCGUUUUCGCAACAAAUAGAAAAAGAAUGCCGCUUGUGUGUGAUG